AUGGGAAGUUUUAUUAAUCUUUCAACUUCCAUCUCCGUCUUCAAAUCCGAUCUGUGUUCUUCCAAACACAUCGCCGACGUGGUGCUCCUUCACGCCAAGCCUCCAACAAUAUGGAAAUCGCGACCACUCUGCCACCAACCCGCAUCAAUGAGCUUCACUCAAAUUUCCUCCUCCAAUGGCUUUCCAUCUCUUGAAGACAGCGACAGGUCAAACUCUCCCUUUGAGGUUCUCCCUGCUGAUUACGGUGUCCACGUGGGAGCGGUGACUUCCGAUUCACGCAGGAAAACUAAGAUAGUGUGCACGAUAGGUCCCGCUACCAGCUCCCGUGACAUGAUAUGGAAGCUUGCCGAAACUGGAAUGAACGUGGCGCGAUUGAAUAUGUCCCAUGGGGACCAUGCAUCGCACCAGAAGACCAUUGAUUUCGUUAAAGAAUACAAUGCUCAGUUUCAAGACAAUGUUAUAGCUAUCAUGCUUGACACCAAGGGUCCUGAAGUUAGGAGUGGGGAUGUACCUCAGCCAAUUUUACUCAAGGAAGGUCAAACAUUCAAUUUCACCAUUAGGAGGGGUGUCUCCACUGAAGACACUGUCAGUGUCAAUUAUGAUGACUUUGUCAAUGAUGUUGAGGUUGGAGACAUAUUACUCGUUGAUGGGGGAAUGAUGUCUCUUGCUGUUAAGUCAAAGACAAAUGACUCUGUUAAAUGUGAAGUGAUUGAUGGUGGAGAAUUGAAAUCUAGGCGUCAUUUGAAUGUCCGGGGAAAAAGUGCAACACUUCCUUCCAUAACUGAGAAGGAUUGGGAAGAUAUCAAGUUUGGGGUAGACAAUCAAGUAGACUUUUAUGCUGUCUCAUUUGUCAAGGAUGCAAGAGUGGUUCAUGAGUUAAAAGACUACCUCAAAAGUCAUAAUGCUGAUAUACAUGUGAUUGUAAAAAUUGAAAGUGCGGAUUCUAUACCAAAUCUUCAUUCAAUACUUUCAGCUUCAGAUGGGGCCAUGGUUGCUCGUGGUGACCUUGGAGCUGAACUUCCAAUUGAGGAAGUUCCUUUACUGCAGGAGGAUAUCAUAAGAAGAUGUCAUGGUAUGCAAAAGCCGGUUAUUGUGGCAACAAAUAUGCUUGAAAGCAUGAUUGCUCAUCCUACACCAACAAGGGCAGAAGUGUCAGACAUUGCAAUUGCUGUAAGAGAAGGUACAGAUGCCAUCAUGCUUUCUGGAGAAACUGCUCAUGGAAAAUAUCCAUUGAAAGCUGUUAAAGUUAUGCACUCGGUGGCUUUAAGGACUGAAUCAAGUAUUCAGAAUAGUGAAGCUUAUCCAGGAAACUUAAGUCCGCAUAAAAGCCAUAUGGGAGAAAUGUUUGCUUUCCACUCGACAACUAUGUCUAAUACUCUUAAUGCUCCUAUCAUUGUUUUUACCAGAACAGGAUCCAUGGCUAUUCUUUUGAGCCAUUAUAGGCCUUACUCGACAAUCUUUGCGUUCACAAAUCAAGAACGGAUUAAGCAGAGGUUGGCACUUUAUCAUGGGGUCAUGCCCAUAUUCAUGCAAUUUUCAAAUGAUGCAGAGGAGACCUUCUCUAGAGCCAUUAAGCUUCUCCUGAGUAAGGGUCAUUUGCUCGAGGGACAGCAUGUUACCCUUGUUCAAAGUGGAGCACAACCAAUCUGGCGUGAGGAAUCCACGCACCACAUACAAGUUCGUAAGGUUAAAGGAUAAGAUUUUUCUUUGCAGGUUCUUUCGUUCUCAAGACUGGACAAAAAGCUUUGGCUAUCUUGUAAGUUGUAUCUAGUUCUGUUUACUUUGAAUCAUAGGUUAUGCAUAUGUCAAAUUUGUAGCCAGUAAUACAAGUUGCUUUAUUCUGUUCUUUGUAAAUGAUCUAGAAAGAGCUGUGUACAGUACCAAAUGGUUCAAACCUGAAAUAAUGCAUGUACAUUCAAUUAGCCUAAUUAUAAU